AUGAAAGGACGCUCAGACUACAUAAAGGUGAGCAAUGAGCCAGACGAUGAGGAAGCCUCGCUCAUGACAGACCGACAACAACAACAGCGCGAGAUGAACAAACAGGACGAAGACCUGGACGUGCUGCACGGCGCCGUGAAGAAGCUGGGGGUUAUGAGUGGCAACAUCAGUACCGAGCUCGACAUUCAAAACAAGAUGUUGGACGAAGUGAACUCCGAGACCGACCGUGCCCAGGAGAACUUGGACAUGAUCACAAAGAAGACCCGGGAACUCAUCAAAGAAGCAGGUGCAAACGAACUCUUCCCCCUUCGUCCUCCUCCUCAACACCGCCAUCUCAUCGACGGACAUACGUAG